GGCCAACAUAAACUUGCACGGGCUGCAGGCUCGAUUUGAAAGACACAAACAUUGUUUGUUUAACGGAACCGUUUUUCAUGAUUUCUGAUUAAUAUUACUUGUGUUUUAAACUCUUGAGAAGCAUUUGCGGCUGCUUAGUACAGUCGUUGAAACGUAAACUAUAAAACCAUUUUAUUAAAACGUGAUGGACAGCGUUAGUCCUCAGAAGCGGAUGGCAACACCUCGCAUCUUCGUUGAAAGAACUUUAGCUUUAAUCAAACCAGAUGCAAUCCAUAAAGCUGAUGAAAUCGAGGACAUCAUUCUUAAAUCUGGAUUUACAAUUUUGCAGAAAAGGAAGCUUCAGCUGAGUCCUGAGCAAUGCAGUGACUUUUAUGCUGAGCAUUAUGGCAAGCUGUAUUUUCCCCAUUUGACUGUGUUCAUGAGCUCUGGAUCAGUUGUUGCUUUAGCACUGGCCAGGAAUCAGGCUAUUGCCACCUGGAAAGCUAUAAUGGGACCAGUCAACAGUAUCAAAGCUAGAGAGACACAGCCUGACUGCCUGAGAGCGAUAUUUGGCACAUGUGACCUUCAAAAUGCUGUGCAUGGCAGUGACUCUUUCUCUGCUGCUGAGAGAGAAAUCAGGUUCAUGUUUCCCAACUCUGUGAUCGAACCCAUUCCUAUGGGAGAGGCUGCAAAAGACUACCUAAGCCGGUAUGUCAACCCAACACUUCUCAAUGGACUGACAGAGCUGUGCAAGAAGAAACCAGCGGAUCCUUUUCAGGUUUAUUAGGCCUAUACUUUACAGCCAAUGAAUUUGUUAUAAUCUGCUGCCACUGAACUUCUUCAACACUGUAUUUCAAAACACGCAAUCAAUCAUCUAAACACUUUACCACAAAAACAUUUUGUGACCUUUGGAAUGAAACCUUGCAACUCCAUUUUCGAUUAUUUGUUCUUUUGUUUAUAAAUUAUUCUUCACCCUUCAUGUUUGUCUGUGGGUUUUGCUAUUUUUUUUUAUAAACAGUAGUAAUGCAGUGAUUUCCCGUAAAGUGGCAGUUUAAAAGAUACAAACUAUGCAAUGAUUUUCUGAGCUUAUUUGGAGUUUUGUGCUUGCUUUUAAAAUAUUAAUAUCACAACGAUUAUGCUUAAUUUAUUGCGAGGAGCAUAAAUUGUUAUCACGUUUAAAAUACUAUUAAUCGUGCAGUCCUAAUAUAGAGUACCGCUGAGAUGAAACAAGAUUAAAAAAGUUAUCGGAUGCUUUGUGGUGGUGAUGUUGAUAUCAAGUGAUCGUAGUUGUCUGUUUAAAGCCUUAUGUUAGCUUUUUAUUACUUUUGGUUGUAUUAGGGCUUCAAAAGUAACAAAUUCUGAGUUCAUUUGUAAAGAUAUUUUACAGAUAUUUGUUACGAUAUUUCAAGUUUAUGUGAAAAAUACAUAGGCUUUCGGCCGAGGGAACCACUGCAGCACUAAUUUCUGAUUGGCCUACUAAAAAUGCCAUCUCUGCAGUACUCUAUAGAGAAUGUUGU